AUGUCGAGAAUUAAUCCUUCCAAAGAUCACGUCACCAAACUUAAAAAUGUUCUUACCGAUACCGCAGGUGCUCCCACUACCGCCGAUAAAUAUGAUAACACGCGUCACUUGAAGUAUGGUCAGACGGAAAGUAGUAAGAAAGAAGGGACACCAGAGGCGAUAGAUCAAAAAAAGGAGGAAAGUCUUCUCAAUCCACCACCUGUUCGUCGUUAUUCCGCAUCUUCGGACUCGAGGCCGACGUUACAGCACACCUUUCAUGAAGAGUUUAUGGGUGGACUCAGUGGAGACGAUGUCAUUAUACACGAGGAGAAAAAAGAAAGAGACCCAAGCGAGACUUCAAUUACAACUUCUGCUGACUCGGCGAACAAAACCGUUGCUCAGGGAUAUGUCGCGGCGCCUUCGGCCGGAGGACUUCGACUACUAUUUAGGCAAUUAUGGAUUAUGCUAAAGAGAAAUUUCAUAUUACAAACAGAUCGUUCCCUGGUAUUACAAUCAGGCUAA